AUGGUGCGGGCCUCCAUCACAUCACUUCAGACUACUAACUCACAAAUAUCACCAACAGAAAUUCCUGCUGACGCAAACAACUCAUCCUGGGCUGCUAGGAAUCCAAACCGGCCUGUUCUGAUGUCCAGGGCCCCACUUAACGCUGCGCAGAAGGCACAGGCCAAUGCACGAAGAGCUUCCCGAAAAUUUUCCACAGCACAACGCAAAGAGACUGAAGAUGCGCUCACAAGUGCCAUCCAACAGCUACUUGCCGACCAAAAUGAUAAGAUCAACGCAAUUGCGCUCGAACACGGCGUCACUCAAGACAAGGUGAAGAAGCUUAUGGGAGGUGAAAAGCAUUACAAGGGGCAUCGCAACGUGCAACUCGCCAAUGCUCUGAUACAUGUGAAAGCGCAGGAAGUAAACGCAGAUCGUCCCCGUGGAGCUAAAUAUUCGCUUGAUGAGAUUCGCGAAAUGGUGAAGGAUGACGAGGCCUUGCAAAACCUAUCCCUCCAGGAUCAGCAAGAAUACAUCGACCGACUUAACGAGCACCGCGCUCUACGAAAUAUGAGCGUGCGUGCGAGCAAUACUGCAGCAGCCUGCGAUGCCCAAUCAACUUUAGAUAAUGUCUUUAAAAUGCUUGAUGCCCUCGCUGUUCGAACUGGAAUCUACGCGUGUCUCUUUGCCUCGCGGGGACAUGUGUAUGAUACUGCCCAGGCAACAUGGUUUGGAACCAACAAUGUUAUGGACUUUUGGGAGGAUGUCCUCCAGAUGGAGGCUGAUGAAAUCGCACGAAAAUUGGAACAAUGGGCAUGUAUGGCAGGUCGAAACAUUGAUGAACGCGAGACGGUGCAGAACAUGCAACGUGUUUGCACCCGGCUCCUUAAUUCAGGUUUAAGGACUGUGGCUAAAAGGCGUGAUAUCCGAAUCAACUAUGCGAACUUCGAUGUCGCCAUCAAGGAGAAGCUUGGGAUCGACAUCAGGGGUUGGCCUGAGGGCGUACCAUUCCAAUCCCCCACAAGCUUAAACGAUCUCAACGCCCUCCUGAAGAUUCGUGACGCACUGAAGGAUGGCUCCUGCCGCUGGUUCCGAUUGUCUCCACGUCAACGGGAGGAGUACAGUGCCCAACUCGCUGCGCGCCGUAAGAAAGGAGAAGUUGUCGGCAAGCCACGCAAAAAGCGUGCUGAUGCUGGUGUGCAACGUAAACGCAAGGGCAAGGAGAAUGCACCUCCGAGGAAGCGAGCACGAGGAUCGGGGUCAUCCACACAGGCUCCAAAGAGCACAGAAUAUGUGGAGACGACAGAUGAGGACAACACCAGCGGGGAUGAUGUUUAA